GACUGCGGACACAGUACAGGGGAUGACCGGAGACUGCGGACACAGUACAGGGGAUGACCGGAGACUGCGGACACAGUACAGGGGAUGACCGGAGACUGCGGACACAGUACAGGGAAAAUACCAGAGACUGCAGACAGUGCAGGGAAUGCCCAGAGACUGCAGACAGUGCAGGGAAUGCCCAGAGACUGCAGACAGUGCAGGGAAUGCCCAGAGACUGCAGACAGUGCAGGGAAUGCCCAGAGACUGCAGACAGUGCAGGGAAUGCCCAGAGACUGCAGACAGUGCAGGGAAUGCCCAGAGACUGCAGACAGUGCAGGGAAUGCCCAGAGACUGCAGACAGUGCAGGGAAUGCCCAGAGACUGCAGACAACAGUGCAGGGAAUGCCCAGAGACUGCAGACAGUGCAGGGAAUGCCCAGAGACUGCAGACAGUGCAGGGAAUGCCCAGAGACUGCAGACAGUGCAGGGAAUGCCC